AUGUGGACACCUUCAGGGCAGAACCGCAGCUGGGUGUCUGAAUUCAUCCUGCUUGGCUUCUCUAGAGAUACCAUGACCAACCAGAUUCUAUUCAUUGCCUUUCUUAUCCUCUAUCUCAGCUCAAUCUUGGGUAAUGCGCUCAUUAUCAUCCUGGUCUGCCUGGAUACCCAUCUGCACACUCCUAUGUACUUCUUCCUUUGCAUCCUUUCCUUCCUGGAUUUGGGAUAUAUCACCACCACUCUGCCUCAGAUGUUGGUACAUCUUUUGGCUCACUCUCAGGCCAUCUCCUUUGGUGGCUGUUGGGUGCAGAUGUAUGUGUUUGGUGCCCUGGGGCUGACUGAGAGUAUGUUCUUUAUAGUCAUGGCAUAUGACCGAUAUGUGGCCAUUUGCUACCCAUUGCGUUAUACUGUCAUCCUCAACUGGCACUUGUGCAUUCAGAUGGCAGCUGGGACCUGGGCCAUUGGUUUCUUUUUCUCUUUGAUCCACACCAUCUUCACAAUGAAUCUUCCCUACUGUGGACCCAAUAUAGUCAACCACUACUUCUGUGAAGGUCCCUCAGUAAGGAGCUUGGCUUGCAUGGAUACCCAUCUCAUUGAAUUGGUGGACUUGGUCAUCAGUGUCUUUAUGGUUGCUAUUCCUAUCUCCCUUAUUGUGGCCUCCUAUGUUCGUAUUACUCUGUCCAUUCUCAAGAUUAAAUCCACACGUGGUCGCUGCAAGGCUUUUUCUACCUGUGCUUCCCAUCUGACUGUCGUCACAUUCUUCUAUGCACCAGGCUUCUACAUCUAUAUGAGGCCCAACUCUAGCUAUUCCUCAGAACGAGACAAGCAGGUCUCACUUUUCUACAAUGUCUUCACUGCCUUUCUUAAUCCUGUGGUCUAUAGUCUGAGGAACAAGGACAUUAAGGGGGCUUUUCUCAAAGUGGUGUGUCAGAGUAGAGUGACUCUGUGA